GAAGUUAAAAAUAAAACGAUCAAAUUCCACGUAUCCAAUAUCAACAGCAAAACAUUUCCGUUUAAAAACUGUGAAACAAUUUGAGGAAUACUUUUUUUCAAGGUAAAACAUGGCAGUCUCAGGAAAGAGAGCAUUAAAACAAUUUUCUUCAUGAACAACAUCCAUGGCAUCAGAUGAAUAUCUUCAAAUUUACUGUCAGCCUUGUGACGAGGAAGGAACUACACUCCCUGCCCAUGGUUACUGCACUGACUGCAAGGAACAUCUAUGCAACACAUGCUUUACAGCCCAUAGGAUAAACAAGUUUACCAAAAAGCAUACACUUCUGGAUGCAACAAGUAUGCCUAAAGUUUUGCAGCAACCCUCAACAUCCCAUCACACAGGUCUGUCGGAUGACUUGACCUUGCCAUGUGGUAAACAUCCAAUAGAAAUUAUCAAGUUCUACUGCUUUGAUCAUACAGAAUUUCUCUGCAGUGUUUGUGUUACCCUUGAUCAUCAAGCUUCAUCCUGCAAAGUGAACUAUAUACCAGACAUUUCUGGUGAUAUAAUAGACAGCAAAGAAUAUCAAGUUAUCUUGAAUGCAUUAAAUACCACUUCUGACAAAUUUCAACAGAUAUUAAAAGAUGUCAAGAAUAUGACACACAAAUCAAACAGCUCUCUCAAAGAUGUCAUAGGAGACAUUAAAAAGUUUCGGCAAGAAAUCAACCAAAGACUAGAUGAACUUGAGAGACAGGCUGAAGAUGCAGCUAAAGUCAUAGAACAAGAAAACAACAAACAUCUGAAAGCAGUAGAAAGAGCAUGUGAAGAUAUAACCAAAUCUCUGAAGAUUUCAUCAGACAAAGUCAAACAGCUCAACAGAACAAAACAAACUGACAAACUCUUCAUUGAUUUGAAACUUGCAGAGAAAACAAUCAAAGAUAUGGAGGGAAAACAACUAAAACUCUCAUCAUAUUAUAUCAAAGAGCACAACUUUCAACCAAAUGAUGUAAUGUUAAAUUUGUUUAAAACAGAGAAGUCGCUGGGUACACUGACACAGAAAACUUUUAAUACAGAAUGUCAACCUGUACAAGUAAAGUCUAGACAAUCUUCACAUCAGGGAAAAAUCUGUGUUAAUACAUCAAAAGAUAAAUAUGAGUGCUUUAUAACAGGAACUACUCUGCUGACUCCUGAUCUUCUUAUCAUCACUGAUUGCAGCAACAAAGCUGUAAAGAUGGUGGAUACCAGUAGCCAAUCUGUGUCUGAUCAACUACAACUACAUGAUCAACCAUGGGAUAUAACCACGGUAACCAGUACUGACCUUGCUGUCACACUUCCAAACAAACAAACAAUACAAUUUAUAUCAAUCUCAUCAAACAAACUUAUAAAGAAGCACACUGUGAAGGUUGAUGGGAAAUGUCAUGGUAUAAGCUGUUAUCAAGCUAAACUUGUUGUGUCAUUCUCUCAUCAUGCAAAAAUUCAGACCUUUGAUAUGAAUGGCACUAUACUGACAACAAUUGAUGGAAAAAAUAUUUUCCAAGAUCUAUGGUAUAUUGCAUGUAACAGAAGUUCUAUCUAUGUAUCUGACUGUGGGAUGAAGACAGUAACAAAAUUAAACUGGCAAGGUGAUGUAAUUGGUAGAUAUAGUUGUAUGAGUUUUCCUAGAGGAAUAUCACUGUCAGAUGAUGGUACUGUCUUUGUGUGUGAUAAUAUGAGAAAUGUUAUAGAAGAGAUAUCAGGAGAUUGUUCUACAGGAAAGGUGGUGCUGCAGGAUCUGAAGACUCCAGUGGCUGUAUGUUGGUGUGGAGAAACAAAGAAGCUUUAUUACAGCUGUUAUGCUUGUGAUCGAAAAAUUGACAACUUCCUUCACAUCCAUAACCUGUCAUGGACUUGAACAGAAACUUAGUUGAAUUAAAUCAAACAAUGUCAGCGGUUCUUCAAUAUUAAAAAAAACUUGCAUCAUCCAUUCUUCUGAAAUAUUAGCACAACACAUGUUUUAAGUUUUGUUAGAAUUUUUUUUAAUGUUAAACUUUUAUGUUAUGAGUGAUAAAUGAUUUAAGCAAUCCUCUUGUUGUAUUCUUAUAAUAGGUUUGGUGAAAAACAAGGAAACAAGUACCAGUAAUGCUGGGAAUACAUUGAAUAACAGGAGUACCUCAAGCAUUUUUAAUGCUUAUUCAAGGCAACAGCUAUCAAUAACAAAGGGACAUAAUUCCUAAAUGGAUAAUGUCCCCUGGUCAUACAAUUGUGCUUUGUGAUGAUAAUCAAGUAUUCAAGUUUCAUGUUGAUAUUAUUCACAGUUUUGAAAUCAUUCUACUUAAUAAGCAAAUUUGACAAAAGUCAAAAAGGGACAUAACUCCAAAAGAAUACCUUUAAGAAUAAUGCCACUCUAAUUAUGCUCAGUGUAUCAACUGUGCCUUGAUGACAACAACACCAACUACAAUUCAGCAAUAAAAAAACCUUGAUUUUUUUUCUAAACAGACAAGCUAAAAAUGCAAACUUUGUUUGUUUACAUUGAUAAAUUGACUGUAAUAGGUUAUAUCAAUAAAGCAUUUCAUCUUUUAUUUUACAAGAACAUUAUGAUAUGAUAAAACUGGUGAGUUUUUUUUGUAAUCAUAAAAUGCACUGUUUAUAUUUUAUGUUACAAAACCUGCCCUGUUCCCAAGAUUUUGUACUAUAUAUCAUUUUAUAACACUUAUAUUUAAACAGAUUACAUCAAUAAAAUUAAGUAUAAGCUGCUCGUUGUUGUUUAAAUCAUUGAGUUAAAACAUAAGAAUACUGUGACCCUGUGACCUUGACCUUUGACCCAGUGACCUCAAAAUCAAUAGGAGUCAUUUACUAAUCAUGACUAACGUCCAUGUCAAAUAUGAAGACUGUGGGUCAAAGGAAGCUCAAGUUAUUGGGCGGACAAGCUUUUUCAAUUCAAGGCUCUGUGACCUUGACUUUGACCCAGUGACCUCAAAAUCAAUAGGGGUCAUCUACUAAUUAUUACUAACCUCAAUGCCAAAUAUGAAGACAGUGGGCCAAAAGGAAUCUCAAGUUAUUGGGUGGACAAGCUUUUUAAAAUCAAGGCCCCUGUGACCUUGACCUUUGACCCCAAAAUCAAUAAGGAUCAUCUACUAAUCAUGACUAAUCUCCAUGCCAAAUAUGAAGACUGUGGAUCAAAGGAAUCUCAAGUUAUUUGGCGGACAAGCUUUUUAAAGUCAAGGCCCCUGUGACCUUGACCUUUGGCCCAGUGCAUCAAAAUCAAUAGGGGUCAUCUACUAAUCAUGACUAACUUCCAUGCCAUUAUGAGGACUGAGGGGCAAAGGAAUCUCAAGUUAUUGGGCAGACAAGCUUUUGCUAAGUCAAGGCCCCUGUGACCUUGACCUUUGGCCCAGAGACCCCAAAAUCAAUAGGGGUCAUCUACUUAUCAUGACUAACCUCCAUGCCAAAUAUGAAGACUGUGGGCCAAAGGAAUCUCAAGUUAUUGGGUGGACAAGCUUUUUAAAGUUAAGGCCGCUGUGACCUUGACCUUUGGCCCAGUGACCCAAAAAUCAAUAGGGGUCAUCUAAUAACCAUGACUUACCUCCAUGUCAAAUAUGAAGACUGUUGACAAAAGGAAUCUCAAGUCGUUGGGCAGAAAAGCUUUUUUUAAGUAAAGGCCCCUGUGACCUUGACCUUUGACCAAGUGACCUCACAUCAAUAGGGGUCAUGUACUAAUCAUGACUAACCUCCAUGCCAAAUAUGAAGACUGUGGGUCAAAGGAAUCUCAGGUUAUUGGGCGGACAAGCUUUUUUUUAGUCAAGGCCCCUGUGACCUUGACCUUUGACCCAGCAACCUCAAAAUCAAUAGGGGUCAUCUACUAAUUAUGGGUAACCUCAAUGCCAAAUAUGAAGACAGUGGGCCAAAGGAAUCUCAAGUUAUUGGGUGGACAAGCUUUUUAAGUCAAGGUCCCUGUGACCUUGACCUUUGACCCCAAAAUCAAUAGGGGUAAUUUACUAAUCAUGACUAACCUCCAUUCCAAAUAUGAAGACUGUGGGUCAAAGGAAUCUCAAGUUAUUGGGCGGAAAAGCUUUUUAAAGUCAAGGCCCCUGUGACCUUGACCUUUGGCCCAGUGACCCCAAAAUCAAUAGGGGUCAUCUACUAAUCAUGACUAACCUCCAUGCUAAAUAUGAAGACUGUCGGCCAAAGGAAUCUCAAGUGAUUGGGCGGACAAGGAAAAACCGACAGACGGACCGACGGACAAGAUGUUUCCAGUAUAUCCCCCUUACAACCUUACAACUUCAUUGUGCAGGGUAAUAAGAGCCCCUGAGAUCGCUCACCUGUAUUUAGGCCCUGGGGCAGGGACAAUUUUAACCCAGGGGCUUUUAUUUGAAAAAACUUGGUAGACACUCACUAGAAGAUAUUUCAUGCUUAGUAUCUAAAAUCUAGCUCUUUGUUUUUUGGGGUUUUUUUAAGAAGAUUUUUUAAGAUUUUACUAUACACAUAUAAGGAAAAUCAAUGACCCCGGGGCGGAGCCAAUUUUAAACCCAGGGCCCUUAUUUGAACAAACUUGGUAAACACUCAAUAGAAGAUGUUUCAUGCCAAAUAUCUAAGCUCUAGCUCUUUGGGUUUUUUAGAAGAAGAUAUUUAAAGUUUUUUCUUUUGGUUGCCAUGGCAACCAGAGUUCUGCAUGGAAUUAAAUUCUUUGAACAAUUCUCAAAGGUUACCACCAAAGGAACAUUCCUGUGAAGUUUGGAUGAAAUUGGCUUAGUGGUUUAUGAGAAGAUGUCAUUUCAAGUAAAAGUUUACGGACGACGGAUGGACGCCGGACGGACGCCGGACGAAAAGCGAUCACGAAAGCUCACCC